UUAAUGAAAAGCUAGAAAUAAGUUCUGUCCGCCUAGAAAAUAAGUCCAAAAUUCUUGCACUCCAAAGCUCUGAUUUUAAUCAGACAAGAACAUUAGUUAAGUGAAACUGUGAAAAUACACCCAUUUUAGAUAAGUUUUUUUUGUAAAAACAUAUAUAUAGUUAGUUAUUUGCCAAACAUUAGGCAGCUGAUAUAUAAAAAAAUAAGAUUAAUAAAAAAAUGACUGCUUGCCGUCCCUGCUGAUUGUUUGCUGUAUUAAACAAUUUGAUCCCUAUCAAAGAUACUUAGCAUAAGAAUAGCUAAUUCUUGUCUCAUGUAAUUCACUUUUAUAUAUGACUUUGUCAUGGCAUCAUAUAAUAAUGCAUGAUAUUCUACAAUGUCUAUAUCAAGGAGGAGAUAAUAAUUGCAUGAAUAAGUCUAGGUAGAGACAGCUUCUCAUAUCUUCAUUAAUAGAAUAUGAAUUUUAUUUAGAUUGAUAGCUCCAAACUAGCAUUUUUCGGCUUUUGCAUUAACCAUAAGUGAGAUUCUGCAACUGAAAUAUAUAAUAACAACUCGAAAGCCUAAUCAUUUUCAGAAAUGGCAAUUUCUCUAAGAUUUCGCCUUUCGUUGUGGAAGAUUGUGUUUCUCUUGCUUAACUUCAUUUUCGCCUUGUAUGUCACGGCACAAUCACCACAAGGCACUAAUUUUUCUUGCUCUUCGGAUUCGACUUGCCAAACUUAUGUUGCUUAUUAUGCUCGACCGCCGAACUUCUUGAGUCUAGGAAACUUAUCUGAUCUAUUUGGUGUUAGUCGUCUGUCGAUAGCAACUGCUAGUAACCUGGUAUCUGAGGACACGCCAUUGAUUCUGAAUCAGCUCUUACUUGUACCUGUAACGUGUGGCUGCACAGGAAACACUUCCUUCGCCAACAUCACUUACCAGAUCAAGGAUGGUGAUAGCUUUUACUUUGUUUCGACCACUUACUUCGAGAAUCUUGCGAAAUGGCAAGCGGUGGAAUCAUUCAACCCCGACUUUGAUCCAACCCUCCUGCAUGCUGGUGACAAGGUAAUUUUUCCUUUGUUUUGUAAGUGCCCUUCCAAGGAACAGACGACGAACGGAAUACAGUUUCUUAUUACUUACGUGUGGCAACCUGCUGAUGAUGUUUUCAAAGUUGGUGCUAAGUUUCAUGCAUCUCCACAUGAUAUCGUAAUGCAGAACAACUACUCUAACUUUACUGCUGCAGUGAAUCAGCCGCUGCUGAUCCCUGUAACUCAGUUGCCGAUUCUCUUGCAACCAUCUCCUUCUCCGCCUCAAAGAAAAGAACAUCAUGCUGUGAUCAUAAUUAUGAGCGUAGCAGGUUCUCUGUUGGUAUUUCUUCUUGUGGCUUUUCUGGUUUAUUCUCAGUCUUCAUGUAACAAGAAGAGGAAGUCGACUAACAGUUUCUGUUUAGAGACUGCAGUUCUACUUCAAACAAAAGAAAUCAAGAAAAUUCCGAGUUUUGAGCCUAAGAUUAUACAAGAUAAGCUAUUUCCAGGGGUUUCAGGCUAUUUAGGCAAGCCAAUCAUGUACGAUCUGAUCGAGAUAAUGGCUGGUACCUCACACCUACAUGAACACUGCAGGAUAGGUGGAUCAGUAUAUAGAGCCAACAUCAAAGGACAGGUCUUAGCAGUUAAGAAAACCACGGAAGAUGUCACAGGGGAAUUAAAGAUUCUGCAGAAAGUAAAUCAUGGAAAUCUAGUGAAAUUGAUGGGAAUAUCGUCCAACGCAGAUGGUGUUUCCUUCUUAGUGUAUGAAUAUGCGGAAAAUGGGUCUCUGGACAAGUGGUUACACCUCAAGUCCGCGUCCUCUUCAGCUUUCCUCUCAUGGAGUCAAAGGUUGCAAAUAGCAGUGGAUGUGGCCAGUGGGCUGCAAUAUAUGCAUGAACAUAUUCAACCAAGCAUCGUUCACAUGGAUAUACGAACAAGUAAUAUACUUCUCGACUCGAAGUUUAAAGCAAAGAUAGCUAAUUUCUCAGUGGCUAAACUAGCCACAGACUCUAUGCUGCCAAAAGCUGAUGUUUUCGCUUUUGGAGUUGUUCUGUUAGAGUUGCUCUGCGGAAAGAAAGGCAUGGUAACGAAAGAAAAUGUUGAGAUUGUCUUGUUGUGUAAGGAAAUGAAAAGUGUUAUGGAGGAUACGGAGAAAAGAGCAGAGAGACUAAAGAAGUGGAUGGAUCCGAAAUUGGAGAACUUUUAUCCAAUUGAGAGUGCCUUGAGUUUGGCAAACUUGGCGAGGGUGUGCACACUCGAGAAGUCUUCUGCAAGGCCGAGCAUGGCAGAAAUUGUCUUCAACCUCACAGUUCUAACACAAUCAUGUUCAGAGACAUUUGAAAAGUCGUGGACUUCCGCGGUUGCAGAAGAAGAUCUUCAGAUAACUAGUCAUGUUAUAGCUCGUUGAUUUAGUCACGUCUGACUAGAUUUCUUCAUGCUCAAAUCUCAUGUAAGAAACCUGAUUUGAUUUUUUUUGUGUGAUAAAUUCUGUUAAUUGCAUGUAAAAUGAAUAUUUGGUUUUGAUUUUAGAACGGUACUCUAUAUUAUUUAAAUUAUA